AUGGCUGACGCGCCAUCGUGGCACUUGUUGCCUCGCGACUUGUUGGAGCUACAGAUUGGCCAAAUCGAUUUACUGAUGGCCAUGUACCCAGAGGAGGUCGCACUUGGCGAUGACACGAGAAUCGUUCUCGAUACGCUGCGCGAUAUGAUUGACAGCGGCGAAAGUCGUAUUUUUAAUGCUGCACCGAUCAUUUCGCUGAACUUGGAUCUGUCUAUCGCAGAGGACGAUGCACCAAAACCACAGACAGUACAGUUGGACCUCACAGCACCUUUCACGUACGAAGGUUCUCAAGCUCCAGACGAACCACCAACUGUCAAGGCUCGAAUCCAACAGCCAUCCUGGUUAAACAGAGCUCUGACAAACCAACUCCAAGAUACCGUACCUGAGGGUGAGGAUCUACUCAGCACCAUUGAACAUAUCAAAAUCGCAGCCGCACAAGCGCACAAAGAGUCAGUCCAGUCUCAAGUGACCGCAACUGUAUCAGCAUCCGAGCCUGGGCCACUCGUACGAGUCUGGUUCUACUUCCCUUCGAUUAGCACACGCUCGAAGCGUGACGACUUCAUCAAGUUUGCCCCCGCAUACAACCUUACCGGCUUUCUAUACGCUGGGAAACCAGGCCUGCUUUGCGUCGAAGGCGGCUCGCAAAGUAUUGAUGAGUAUAUGCGCUUUAUCAAGACAGAGAGCUGGGGGGACAUUCCUGCGCAUCACAAGAAGGUUAGCGAGCGGUAUCGUGAGGCUGCGGACAGGGUGUUCGGUGAUAUGACGGAGAUCACAGAUACUGUAGGCGAGAGAAGAGGCCAGAGGCAGAACAGGGGCGAUAUGAAAGCUGUUGAGGAAUGGCUGGAUGAGAGGGGGCUGAAGGAAGCGUUAACCAAGGUGCUGAUGUGA